GUGCACAGUUCGAUUUGUGAUACGAGUGUGAUACAAAUACUUCUACUAGGAUUUUGUUGCCCGUUUGGCUACAGAAAAGCUGACUUGGGUGAUAAAAUGUCUGCGUUUUUGAGCUGCAUCGAGGUGGACAACUUCAAGUCCUACCGGGGACGUACUACGAUUGGCCCGUUAAAGCGCUUUUCCGCCGUAAUUGGGCCCAAUGGAUCGGGAAAGUCCAACUUCAUGGACGCCAUCAGCUUUGUAAUGGGUGAGAAAACAAACAGCCUGCGCGUUCGGAAGUUGACAGAUCUAAUUAAUGGUGCAUCUAUUGGGCGUCCAGUUUCGAACCGAGCAUCAGUAACGGCAAAAUUCAUAAUCUCAAACAAAACUGAUGGAACAGUCGAGAAGAAUUUUCAACGCUCUGUCAUUAAUGCCUCGUCCGAAUAUCGCAUUAAUGGCUCUGUGGUAUCUCCUCAGCUCUACUUACAGGAACUGGAGAAAAUUGGUAUCAAUGUCAAAGCAAAAAAUUUCCUAGUAUUUCAAGGCGCGGUAGAAAGCAUUGCUAUCAAGAACGCCAAAGAACGGACGGCCUUGUUUGAGGAAAUAAGUGGAUCCGGUUUACUUAAAGAAGAAUACAAUAGGUUAAAACAUGAAAUGCAAAUGGCGGAGGAAGAGACGCAAUUUACAUACCAAAAAAAGAAAGGAAUAGCGGCAGAACGCAAGGAAGCAAAACUAGAAAAACAAGAAGCCGAUCGAUACACCAGCCUGAAGCAAGAGUGCAGUGAGAAGAAAGUAAAUUAUCAGCUGUUCCGCUUGUUCCACAAUGAGAAAGAAUCAAAGCGUCUGAAGGAGGAUCAAGUCAGCAAGCAACAGGAAUUAAGCAUAAUCGAAAAACGAAAAGAAGAAGCGGAUGAAAUUUUGAAGGAAAAGAAAAAGGAAAUGGGCAAAAUGACCCGUGAAAUGGCUAAGAAGGAACAGGAAAUCCGCGAGGUAGAAGCGGUUAUGAGCAAACGUCAUCCGAUGUUCAUCAAAGCGAAGGAAAAGGUAGCUCAUACUCAGAAGAAGUUGGACAGCGCUUUGAAAACACUUGAACAGGCGCGCCGUGCAGACGAAGCACAUCAGGCAGACAUUCAGAAACUCGAAGAUGAGCUACAUGAAGUGGAAAAAAAGAGAGCUGUUUUCGAGAAGGAAGUUGACGGAGAAUCGAAAAAACGAGGCAGCAAUGUUCUUCUAGAGCGCGAUUUAGUUCAGGAAUAUGAUCGAUUAAAGCAGAAAGCUGAUGCUACGGCUGGUAAAUAUCUUAUUCAUUUGGACUCGGUGAAUCGAGAGCAGAAAUCGGAUCAAGAUCUAUUGGAUAACGAAAUCAACAAAAAGGCUCAAAUAGAGGAAAAUUACAAAAAGAAUGAAUCGGAAAAAAAUGAAGCAAUGAAACGUCAGGAAAAACUCAUUGAUCAUAUCAAAUCGAGUACGCUAGCCUUAGAAGAGCAAAUACGCAUUAAGGCGGAACUAAGUCAGGACGUAGGCACUUCGAAGGAGCGGAUACACGAACUGCAAUCCGAGCUGGAUAAUGUGCGUGAACAGUUAGGAGACGCAAAGAUCGACAAGCAUGAAGAUGCGCGUCGUAAGAAGAAGCAAGAGGUCGUUGAAUUAUUCAAGCUGGAGGUGCCUGGCGUCUACGAUCGCAUGAUCAAUAUGUGCCAGCCAACGCACAAGCGUUAUAAUGUUGCGGUGACGAAGGUACUGGGCAAGUACAUGGAGGCCAUUAUUGUGGACACUGAAAAAACGGCGCGACGUUGCAUUCAGAUAUUGAAGGAGAAAAUGCUGGAUGUAGAAACAUUCCUUCCAUUGGACUAUCUUCAAAAAAAGCCGUUGAAAGAGCGCCUCAGGAAUAUCGAGGAGCCCCGCAACGUAAAACUUAUCUACGAUGUGCUGAAAUUUAGUCCACCAGAAAUCGAAGCGGCCGUUUUAUUCGCUACAAAUAAUGCGCUUGUUUGCGAGACUCCCGAUGAUGCUAUGAAGGUGGCAUAUGAAAUAGAUCGCAGCCGAUACGAUGCAUUGGCUCUGGACGGUACUUUCUACCAGAAAUCUGGCAUUAUUUCUGGCGGUAGCCACGAUCUUGCGAGAAAAGCGAAACGUUGGGACGAGAAACACAUGGCACAAUUGAAGCUCCAGAAAGAAAAGAUCACCGAAGAGUUGAAGGAAGUCAUGAAGAAAACAAGACGGCAAGGAGAACUGACCACAGUCGAGAGCCAAAUGCGAGGAUUGGAAAAUCGUCUAAAAUACAGCCAAAAUGAUUUGGAAACGUCCAAAAAAGCGCUUAAAGAAUAUGAUAAACAGCUCGAGGAUUUCUCCCGUCAGCUAGAUCAGAUUGGUCCAACGAUCAGCGAAAUUGAGCGAAGAAUGCAACAGCGUGACAUGAAAAUUCAGGAUAUUAAAGAAAGCAUGAAUAACGUGGAGGAUGACGUAUACGCUGAAUUUUGUGAACGCAUUGGGGUGGCCAAUAUCCGGCAAUUUGAGGAGCGGGAGCUUGUUUUGCAACAGGAAAGGGCUAAAAAGCGUGCCGAAUUUGAACAGCAGAUCGAUAGAAUCAAUAACAACCUGGAGUUCGAGCGGUCGAAGGAUACCACGAAAAACGUUCAGCGCUGGGAGCGUGCAGUGCAGGAUGACGAAGAUUCGCUUGAAACGUAUAAGCAAGCCGAAGCUCGACAACGGCAGGAAAUUGAGAAAGAUAAGGAAACGAUUGACUCGAUGAAGCAGGAAAAGGCCACCCACAAAACGCUUGUCGAUCAAACCGAGGAGGAUAUGGCGAAGGCAAGGCGUGAUGUGCAAGCCUUAGCGAAAGAGUUGGCCGCUAUACACCAGAACAUUGCAAAUAUUGAAACAAGAAUAGAAACGAUGAAAAACAAAAGGCACAAUAUAUUGAUGCAGGCUAAGAUGCAAUCGGUUGACAUACCGCUCAAACAAGGCUCUCUGGACGACAUCGGUCAACAGCAGGUGCAGCAACAGCAGGGAGGCCAAUCGGGGGAUAAUUCUGUCGAUACCACGAGCGGAUCGAUGAACGAACGUGAGAGCCGCAUUGAAAUAGAUUAUCAUAAGCUCGACAACCAUUUGAAAAAUCUCUCUGAUCCUGAUCAGAUUAAAAAGAAUGGUGACAUGCUUUCUAAGGAAUUGCAGGCCAAACUGGACACUCUGGAGAAGAUUCAAACUCCAAACAUGAAAGCGAUGCAAAAAUUGGAUCGUGUAACAGAGAAGAUUCAGUCAACUAACGAGGAGUUUGAGGUCGCGCGUAAAAAAGCCAAGAAAGCUAAAGCAGCUUUCGAAAAAGUUAAAAACGAAAGGUGCACCCGUUUCAUAAACUGCUGCAACCACAUCUCUGAUGCGAUUGACGCAAUUUACAAACAAUUGUCUCGAAACGAAGCAGCCCAGGCAUAUUUGGGACCUGACAAUCCGGAGGAACCGUACUUGGAUGGAAUAAAUUAUAAUUGCGUCGCGCCCGGCAAGCGUUUCCAGCCGAUGAGCAACCUGAGCGGUGGUGAAAAAACGAUCGCUGCACUUGCGCUGCUGUUUGCUAUCCACAGCUUCCAGCCGGCGCCAUUUUUCGUGCUGGACGAAAUUGAUGCGGCCCUUGAUAACACCAACAUCGGAAAAGUAGCGUCGUACAUCCGUGAAAAGACGAUGGACUUGCAAACAAUUGUGAUCUCGUUGAAGGAGGAAUUUUAUAGCCAUGCUGACGUACUGAUCGGUAUUUGUCCUGAGCCGGCCGACUGUCUUGUAUCGCAAACGCUAUUGUUUGAUUUGGAGAAGUUUGAAGUUCGUCAAGAGGGCUAGAUAUAAUCAUUUAUUUAUCACACUAUACAUUCUUCCAUAAAAUUCCGUAGAAGUCGGAGUUUCGUUGUUUAAAAUAAUAUGACCCAGUAAUUUGACAUCAGUAGUAGAAUUUCAACUGUAGCAAUUAGUAUCAA